GGGCACGCGCAACCAAGAUGUCUCCGACGCCGGCGCUUUUCAGUUUGCCGGAGGCGCGGACGCGAUUUACGGUGAGCUGAGGGGCUGAAGGCCGUGGUUCUGACCUGGCGCUAUUCUUUCCCUUUCUCUCGCUGAAGGGACUGAGGGAUUUUCGCCGCCGGGUCCGUUCCUGGCCCCUUCCGGGACUGACAUUAAGGGAAAGGCGCACUGGCUACGCGUCUGUGGGUCCUGACCCUCCCUCCGCGGAAAUCUACCAGAGAAGCCUUGAAUAACAAAAAUAUCAAGCCGUUGUUGACUGCCUUCAGUCAGUUACCUGGCAGUGAAAAUGAAAAAAAAUGUACCCUUGACCAAGCUUUCAGAGGUGUUCUGGAAGAAGAAAUUAUAAAUCAUUCCGCAUGUGAGAACGUUUUAGCUAUUAUUUCUCUUGCUAUUGGGGGAGUGACCGAAAGUGUUUGUACUGCGUCCACACCAUUUGUGCUAUUGGGAGAUGUCUUAGACUGCCUUCCUUUGGAUCAGUGUGACACAAUAUUCACUUUUGUUGAAAAAAAUGUUGCUACUUGGAAGUCAAAUACAUUCUAUUCUGCUGGCAAAAAUUAUUUACUGCGUAUGUGCAAUGAUCUCCUCAGAAGAUUGUCUAAAUCUCAGAAUACAGUUUUCUGUGGAAGAAUUCAACUCUUUUUGGCCAGGCUUUUUCCUCUAUCUGAGAAAUCAGGUCUUAAUUUGCAGAGUCAGUUUAACCUGGAAAACGUCACUGUUUUCAAUACAAACGAGCAGGAGAGCACCCUGGGUCAGAAGCAUACUGAGGAUAGAGAGGAAGGGAUGGAUGUAGAAGAAGGUGAAAUGGGAGAUGAUGAAGCCCCGACAACUUGUUCUAUUCCAAUUGAUUACAACCUGUAUAGAAAAUUCUGGUCACUUCAGGAUUACUUCAGGAACCCAGUGCAAUGCUAUGAGAAGAUUUCUUGGAAAACGUUUCUCAAGUAUUCUGAAGAAGUUUUAGCUGUUUUUAAAAGUUAUAAAUUAGAUGAUACUCAAGCCUCCAGGAAAAAGAUGGAAGAAUUGAAAACAGGAGGAGAGCAUGUAUACUUCGCCAAGUUUCUAACAAGUGAAAAGUUGAUGGAUUUACAACUGAGUGACAGUAACUUUCGUCGACACAUCCUGUUGCAGUAUCUCAUUUUAUUUCAAUAUCUCAAGGGACAGGUCAAAUUCAAAAGUUCAAAUUAUGUUUUAACUGAUGAGCAAUCACUCUGGAUUGAAGAUACUACAAAAUCAGUCUACCAACUGCUAUCUGAAAAUCCCCCUGAUGGAGAAAGAUUUUCAAAGAUGGUAGAGCAUAUAUUAAACACUGAGGAAAAUUGGAACUCAUGGAAGAAUGAAGGUUGCCCAAGUUUUGUUAAAGAAAGAGCGUCAGAUACCAAGCCCACAAGAGUGGUGAGGAAGAGAGCAGCCCCAGAAGACUUCUUAGGCAAAGGGCCCAACAAGAAAAUCCUCAUUGGAAAUGAGGAGCUCACAAGGCUUUGGAAUCUCUGUCCUGAUAAUAUGGAAGCCUGUAAAUCAGAGACAAGAGAAUACAUGCCAACUUUGGAGGAGUUCUUUGAAGAAGCUAUUGAACAAGCAGAUCCUGAAAACAUGGUUGAAAGUGAAUAUAAAGCCGUAAAUAAUUCAAAUUAUGGAUGGAGAGCUCUUAGACUCUUAGCCCGGAGAAGCCCUCACUUCUUUCAGCCAACCAACCAGCAGUUUAAGAGUCUACCAGAGUAUCUGGAAAACAUGGUGAUAAAGCUGGCCAAGGAACUACCACCCCCUUCUGAAGAAAUAAAGACAGGUGAGGAUGAAGACGAGGAAGAUAAUGAUGCUUUACUAAAGGAAAAUGAAAGUCCAGAUGUUCGGCGAGAUAAACCUAUAACAGGGGAGCAGAUAGAGUCAUUUGCCAACAAACUUGGUGAGCAGUGGAAGAUUUUGGCUCCUUACCUGGAAAUUAAAGACUCUGAUAUUAGGCAGAUUGAGUGUGACAGUGAAGACAUGAAGAUGAGAGCCAAGCAGCUCCUUGUUGCCUGGCAAGAUCAAGAAGGAGUUCAUGCAACAACUGAUAACCUGAUUAGUGCACUAAACAAGUCUGGAUUAAGUGACCUUGCAGAAAGUCUAACUAAUGACACUGAAACAAACAGUUAGCUUUCUUCCUUUCUUUUCUUUUUUAUUAAACAGUGAUAAGAUUUUGUUACCAAGCAGCAUUUGAUAAAAGGUUCACUGGUUUUGGUAAACAAUAAACACUUUUAUAACAGCUAUUGUACAGUUGGCUGGUGCUCCAAAAACCACAUACAGAACAGGCAUUGGAGUGGAGAACAGGGUGGGAAAACAAAGUAAAAGGACCUCAAGAUCACACCAAUUUUUGUUAAGUAUUUCUACAGUGAAGUUAAAUGAGUACUACUAACAGUACUGUCCCAAAUUAGUUUCCUGCAUGCUAUCGGUUAUAAAAUUUUAUUCUGAAAUUACAAGAUGACACUUCUGAAACCUUAGGACUGGAGAGAAGAGGAUCAGCAAACCAUGGAUAGUUUUAAGUGUUUUCCUGGCACUCUGACAUGCUGACACUACAAUAGCAAAGAGUUCAAACUGAUAGCCAGGGGCCUGCAAAAACCAAAUCAUUAGCUGUUUGUCCAAAACAGAAAAUGUUUGUUUGCUAGCUCUAAGUUUAUAUGAAGUGGAGUCUAAGACCCAACUACUCCUUUAGCUUUACAAAGAUUACUUGACCUCCUUAAGUCUUUAAACACCCAGGGAUUCCUGUCAGUUCACUUGAGAUGUGAAAAUACCCUAUAUGUAGCAGAGCAUGUGUGGUACUGGCUGACGGUUAAGAUGUUCGUGUUCUAGUCCCAUACAGCAUUUCCUGUGGGUGUUUAGUAUACUAGUGAAGGGCGACUGGGCAGACCACUGUUAAGUGUUCUUGCUUGAACUGCACUCUACUAGCUGGGGAAGCAGUGACUAAGCACAACCCUGGCCUCCAGAUGUCUUCUGCAUUAAGCAAAUUAAGGCAAGUUCAGGGAUUGAAAGGGAGGAGAAUGUUUUUUUACCUCAUUCUAAAACACUUAACACCUUAUUUAAAACAAAAUGAUGGAAGUCCAAUUUCUACUUUAAAGAAUUAUUUUUGGAAUGCCUUUUUAGGUCAAAUAAACUAUCACCACACUUUUUGUAUAAUAGUUUUCUUAAUGCAUUCUAAACAUAGUUUUGGCAUAUUUGUUCUAAAUCUACCUCACCUGGUUUAGUAGGAAAACACAGGUGCCAAAUUCCUUCGUUCUACAACUGUUCUAGCAAAUAACACUGAAUCCCAGGGGUCAUGACACAAACUAUUACAGUACACACAGCACUGUUUCAUUCCAUGUUUCACUCCCCAUUGUAAGGCGUCUUAACUGCUAAUAAUGUUUAAGUUAGCAAACUAUUUACAAACCUAAAAUGCUGACUUACCCACACUAUUACAGAUUUAUUAUCCUAUAGGAAUCUUGGGUACUUUACAGAGCAUUAAAACAUGAGGUGGAAGAUGUCAUGAUAUUCCUGACAUUCCUAGUCAACUCAAAUCAGACCAGAUCACGAAUAUUCAACACUUCAUCCUUUCCUUAGAUUGCUAAAGUUCCUGAAACAUCUAAGGACUUACUCACUGGGUAGUCAAUAGAUUAAUAAACAAUACUCUUGGUAAUGUAUACCUUAAUCUUAAAAAUCAGUAACUUUCAAGAUGGGCACAAAGACUUUGGGAAAGAAAAUAGAAACAACAAACGUGUGAGGGAAUGAAACUGAUCACAGAAUUCACUGUCCAAAGGAACUCAUCACCUUUACUACUUUGUAUUUCUUUUGUAAUAACACUGGACAAGCUAAAGUUUCUUGUAUUUUAAAUAGAUCCUUGACUGCUUAGCAUUAUUAGCCAUUUGCAGAAACUGUAUAGUACUGAAUUCAUUUGACUCUUAAGCCAAGCUCUAAUACUAAAAAGAAAUGUCAAAAGUUGUUAAUCCCUCUUUUUCCUUAUUUUUAUUAUUAAAUAUCCUUGGUUUCCAAGCAA